AUGGGGUCAUCUAUUGAUGCCAUCCAAGUGGUCACGCAAUCUGACUCAAAAUCCCCACGCGAAUCAUCGUCAGGCAAGGCCGACGAAAGCCCACAUGGGGAAAUCGCCAUUCAGGAAGUCCCCAAAACUUCGUGGAAGUCUUACAUAUGGGAUACCUUCGACAAAUCGCCUGAAGAGCGAAGGUUUCUUUUCAAGUUGGACGCCGUCAACGUCAACAAUGCCUUCGUAUCCGGAAUGAAAGAAGACCUCAAUUUGUAUGGCAACGAACUCAACUACAUGCAAACUUGCUGGACUGUCGGCUACGUGCUGGGCGAAAUACCAAGUAACAUCUUGCUGACUCGGAUCCGACCGAGCAUCUGGAUCCCCACAUGCGAAGUCCUGUGGUCCGUUCUCACCAUUCUACUGACGCAGUGCAAAACCCCCACUCAGCUGUACGUCUUACGCUUCAUCAUCGGCCUAGCCGAAAGCAGCUUCUACCCCGGAAUGCAAUACAUCGUUGGCUCUUGGUACAGGAAAGACGAAUUGGCGAAACGAUCAUGUCUUUUUCACGCCAUGGGCAACGUCGGGUCCAUGGUAUCUGGUUACCUCAUGGCCGGUGCCCACAACCUGGAUGGCGUGCAAGGCUAUCAAGGGUGGCAGUGGCUGUUCAUUACUAACACCAUCGUUUCGCUCCCAAUAGCCAUAUCUGGCUUCUUUUUCCUGCCAGACGUGCCCGAAAUCACUAAGGCGUGGUACUUUACCCCUGAAGAAAUUGCGCUCUCAAAGAAGCGGAUGGAGCUUGAAGGGCGCGCCAACCGUGCGCCUUACACCAAGGCGAAACUACGGCGCAUUUUCUCCAGCUGGCAUAUCUAUAUGCUCGUCUUGCUAUACAUCCUAUUCAACAAUGGCAAUGGUGGGAACACGCAGCCGGCCUUCCCGCUUUGGCUUAAGAGCGAAGGAUACAGUGUCAAGGAAAUCAACCUCUACCCGACAAUUACCGAGGUCAUUAGCGUUAUCACGACACUGAUCUACGCCUGGACAUCCGACAGCCUGUUCCGCGGUGCUCGCUGGCCAGCCAUCGUGUUUUCUGGUGUGGUUAAGAUCGUGGCCUAUGUCAGUCUCACCAUCUGGGAAAUUCCCGUAGCAUGGAAGUGGACAUGCUUCUUUCUCUGCGGCUUUGGGAGCGGUAUCAGUGGUCUAUCGUUUGCCUGGGCACACGAACUUUGCAGUGAUGAUAAUGAGGAGAGAGCACUGGUUGUGGGGGCUAUGAACGAGGCUGCUUAUAUCGUUCAAGCAUGGUUGCCGUUGUUGAUUUGGCAACAGGUCGAAGCGCCAAGAUAUCCAAAGGGUUACUCAACGUCCAUCGCACUGGCGGUUUUGUUGAUUGGGGUUGCUAUGAUAAUUCGGUUUCUGCAUCAUCGGGAGAUCAGGUUCAAGGCUCCGGCAAAGGUUGCACAGGUCUAAUAUUCUGUACGUCAGUAGCGAGGGUAAGCGUC